ACUGAUAAAACUUAAAAGGAAAAGUAAGAUGGAGAGAGAAGCUCUCGUAGAAGGGUUUGGUGAAAAAAAAGGAAAAGGUAGAUAGAAAAUAAAAAGGUAUAGAGAUGUGUAUUUUACUUUGGUGACGAAGAAGAGUCAAUAAUCAAGGAAGAAGAACACUGACGUCAGGUUUUAUAGCUAACAUUGACAUCAAGAACACAAUUCGAGUAUGUCGAACGUCAAGAACAUGAUGUGCACAACCUUAAAAAAGUCAAUGCCAGCCAUAGCUUUCUUCGGGAGAUUGACAUUUGCCUCUGUUUUUCUCAUAUCUGCAUUUCAAGAUUACGCUGAUCAUUUUGGCGAUGGUGGACCUCUCGAAAAGACGAUCGGACCAGCAGUGAAUGUGAUGACCAAAUAUGGCUCUAAGGUUCUCACGUUUUACACUGGAAUGCAAGUGGUCGCGUUCGAUGUUCGACUCUUAGAGUUUUCGCUUAUAGGCGCAAAAGGGGCUGCAGCUUUAUGGUUCAUCUUUGGACAAUCCAUCCCAGCUUACUUCUUGCUCGCAACACAAAUACUCUCAACUGUGAUUCCUUUCCCGACCAAUUUGAAAGACUUCACUCAGAACUUGACGUUAAUCGGAGCGUUGCUCUAUUACAUUGGAUUGAAGCAUAGUAUCGACAACCUCGAGGAGGGAGAGAAGAACAAGGAGAAGGAGACAGAAGAUGAUAAGACCUCAACUUCUAAAGCCAAAGCAAACUAAAAUAUAAACUUCACAAACUCAUUACCUUACGUUGGUAGUUCCCAUUCUAUUAUUUCCUUUUUUGGGCUUAUUGUUAUACUAAGAAAUGGAUAUUAGUUUCGAUCCAAUGUUUCCUUGUGUUUCCUGGUUCCAUCAUUGGAUUAUUAAACUACAAAGAACGUAACUUCACGAACAACAAUUAUAAAAGGGAAACAUUGGAUCGUACAAAACUAGG